CUGUGUCUGGGUCAGCCGCCUGCGGCCGAGCGUUCUUUGCAAGCCUGGCCCUCUGCUUCUCUCUCUGUCCCCGCAGCAUCACAGCCACGGCCGCCAGCAUCGGGGCUGCCGGGAUUCCCCAGUCGGGCCUGGUCACCAUGGUCAUUGUGCUCACCUCCGUCGGCCUCCCCACCGAAGACAUCACGCUCAUCAUCGCCAUCGACUGGGCCCUGGACCGGCUACGCACCAUGACCAACGUCCUGGGAGACGCGCUGGCAGCCGGGAUCAUGGCUCACAUCUUCCGGAAGGACUUUGCCCCAAAGGACCCCAUGAACGAGAGUCCCCAUCCUCAGGACCCCAGGACGCCAGGGACGGAGGAGGCCCUGGUGGGACAGAACGGCAUCUGUGAGGUGUGAAGACCCCGUUUCCCACCACCUGCGACAUCCAGGGGGACCGGUGCUGUGGCCAGCUCCCUUCGACUCUCCAGGACCCCUGAGAAGGAAGACAGAGGAGCCCCCCCCGACUCUCCUCAGCCCCGCCUGAAACCCCUUUAGCUGAAGCCAAGAUCAGAGACGCCUGGCAGGUUGCUGGCCUCUUCUGAAAAACGAACAUUGGACUGUUGGCUCCUUUUUUUAAUUUUACUUUUUUGAUAACAAAAGCAAAAACUUUUCACGGGCUUCCUUAGUCCUCAUCCUUGAGACGCCUCUCAAAAGACCACCACCACCCCCCGGCGGCUUUGCGGUUCUAAAAACGAAGAAAUGUGUUUUUCUAAGCAGGGGGAGAAGAUGAUGCAAAGCAGAAACUGAUCAAGGAGAGAAGCAACUUAGAACGGAGGGGAG